AUUAACAUCUGAACAAAUUUUUAUGAAAAAUCAAAUACCUUUAACAGGUAUAAUGUGUUGUAUAUUAGAACAUAACAUAAGCCUUUGUCUAGUGACAUGAGUAAAUAGAAUCCAUAAUGAAAGAAUUUUACAUUGCUAUUGGACAUGCAUAAGGUGAGCUGUAGGUGGGUUUAGGUUGAAGUUACGUGGUUUUAUCUAAAGGUACAGUCAGAGGACACAUUGGGCACACAGUGGGACCACACUUGAAGUUUUAUCUUCUUAAGCUAUGCUCUGCUUUUAAUGAACAUUCUUAAAUUCUGUUUGUAAGCUCUUAAACCUUUGUCUUUUGCAGCCUUUCCUUCUCUCUCUCUCUCUCUCUUUUUUUUUCCAUUUUAUUGCCUUGCAACAAAUUAACCAAUCUCUAAAAGUAUUUUGGAUUUCCUGGUGUUUUCCAGGGAAAUAGUUGUACUCUAACCUUCUGUCCCAUUUCAGUACUGUCUCAUUUAUGACAAGGGAUUACUGCAGGAGCGAAUUGCUACUCUGACACACCUCAUGUUCUUUAUUUCUCAAAACCCCCAAGCUAACAGACUGGGAAGAUAGCCUCAACUUUUUGGAAACAUGCAACUUUUACGACUUGAAAAUAUAAUUGGUUUCUUUGUUCAACACAUGAAAAACAAGGAGGAGAAGCCGAAGGCUGCCCAAGCCAGGUGUUUCUUGUUGGCAGCCUGCUGCCUAAUGACGGGCUCCCAGGGAGCAGCUGCCUGCGAGUCGGCUUUGUCUGGCCUAUUGUUGAAGCGCACCCCUCCUGAAUACACACGCUGCCCGGGGCAGACCCUGGGAAUGACAUCAACUUGCUUAUCUUAGAAACCUGCGAACCUGACCCAGGGUGCUGAGGUUGGCUUGCAUCUGCCCGGCCAACUAAUUGUGAGCUCUCUGGCCCACGAUUGGCUGUUCCUCCACUCGGUAAUAGGUUAAGCAAAGACACUGCCAUUCCAUCUGUUCAGCUAUUCAUUGUUCUUCCUGCCUGCCUGCAAGUCUGCAGCUAAAACUGUGUUAAGGAGCCACUUACUGCUGAAGCUGCUACAGAAACCAAUGUCUUUGUAUUUUCCUGCGAACGAAUACGGGGUGCUUUGCAUUCAGGAAUACAGAAAAAAUAGCAAAGUGGAGUCAAGUACACGUAACAGCUUCAUGGGCUUGAAGGAUCAUCUGGGGCACGACCUCGGCCACCACUAUGUGGAGAGCACCGACCCGCACUCAAGUGCACCCGUGCCGUGGUCGAUGGUAGAGAAGCCGACCAUGGAUCCAGUGCACUCGGGGAAGGAGGAGAAAGACGCGCCGGGAGGGAACGCGAGCUCGGGCGACUCGGACGGAAGCGCACAUUCUGAUAACGAGUCCGAACGACUGCGCGUGUCGGUGGAGCCGUGCUUGGUGACCAAGACUCACAGACAGCUGUGCCGGUCCCCCUGCUUGCAGCCCCGCGCGCUGACACGCAGUGACCUGCUGCGAGACUUGGAGCCCGCGGAGGCGCCGGCGGCGUGCGGGGAGGCGGCGCAGCCCCCCGACGCGGUGCGGGAGUACCAGACCAAGCUGGAGUUCGCGCUGAAGCUGGGCUACUCGGAGGAGCAGGUGCAGCUCGUGCUCCACAAGCUCGGGACCGACGCCUUGAUCAACGACAUCCUGGGAGAGCUGGUCAAGCUGGGGAACAAGAGCGACGCCGAGCCGGCCGCGAGCGCCGUGCCCAGCGCGCCGCGGGACUCGUCGUCCCUGGAGUCCCAGCGCUCGGACUCGCCGAUGCAGGAGCCGCUCGCGGACGACGGCGAGAACCUGAGGCCGGUGGUCAUCGACGGCAGCAACGUGGCCAUGAGCCAUGGAAACAAAGAAGUAUCCUGCCGGGGAAUCAAGUUGGCAGUGGACUGGUUUUUGGAAAGAGGCCACAAAGAUGUUACAGUUUUUGUUCCGGCUUGGAGAAAAGAGCAGUCCCGACCCGAUGCUGUCAUCACAGGUAAGCCUGUGAGCGGAAACCUGCGGAAGCUAGAGAAGGAGAAAAUCCUGGUGUUCACGCCGUCGCGGCGCGUGCAGGGCAGACGCGUGGUGUGCUACGAUGACCGGUUCAUCGUGAAGCUGGCUUUUGAGUCAGACGGGAUCAUCGUGUCCAAUGACAACUACAGGGACCUGGCCAACGAAAAACCCGAGUGGAAGAAGUUCAUAGAUGAGCGACUAUUGAUGUACUCCUUCGUCAACGACAAGUUCAUGCCCCCCGAUGACCCUCUUGGCAGACACGGCCCCAGCCUGGAUAAUUUUCUGAGGAAACCUAUCGUUCCUGAACAAAAGCAGCCUUGUCCAUACGGGAAGAAGUGCACCUACGGCCACAAGUGCAAAUACUACCAUCCCGAGCGGGGCAGCCAGCCGCAGCGCUCGGUGGCCGACGAGCUUCGGGCCAUGUCUAGAAACACCGCGGCCAAAACAGCCAACGAGGGAGGGCUGGAGAGCAACAGUGUGCCCUGCAGCACGAAAGCGGACGGCACCGCCGACGCCAAGCGCGGUGCUCAGAGGCAGUCGGACCCCAGCAUAAGGACCCAAGUCUACCAAGACCUCGAGGAAAAGCUUCCCACCAAAAACAAAUUGGAAACCAGGUCUGUCCCUUCUUUAGUCAGUAUCCCGGCUACUUCCACCGCAAAACCCCAAAGCGCUCCGUCUCUAAGCAAUGGCCUUCCAUCUGGAGUUCACUUCCCACCUCAGGAUCAAAGACCACAGGGACAAUAUCCUCCGCUGAUGAUGGCAACCAAAAAUCACGGAACGCCGAUGCCUUACGAACAGUAUCCCAAGUGCGACUCGCCCGUCGACAUCGGAUACUCCAUGUUGAACGCGUACUCCAACCUGAGCAUCUCAGGCCCACGCAGUCCCGAAAGGCGUUUCUCCCUGGACACAGAUUACAGGAUCAGCUCCGUGGCCUCUGACUGCAGUAGCGAAGGGAGCAUGAGCUGUGGGAGCAGUGACUCCUACGUGGGGUACAACGACCGGUCCUACGUCAGCUCGCCCGACCCUCAGCUGGAAGAGAGUCUCAAGUGUCAACACAUGCACCCGCACAGCCGCCUUAACUCCCAGCCCUUCCUGCAGACUUUCCACGACCCCCUAGCUAGAGUGCAAAGUUACAGUCACGAAGAACCAAAGUACCAUCACAAGCCUCCUCUGCCCCACCUGGCCGUGCACCUGCCGCACCCCGCGGCGGGCGCGCGCUCCAGCUGCCCCGGCGACUACCCCUCCCCGCCCGGCUCCGCGCACUCCAAGGCGCCGCACCUGGGCCGGUCGCUGGUGGCCACGCGGCUGGACAGCAUCUCGGACUCGCGGCUGUACGACAGCUCUCCCUCCCGACCGAGGAAGCAUUACUCCCACCAGGACGGGCUGGCGAGCUGGGAGCGGCAGAGCUACGGCCUGGACGCCUACGGCUACCGGCAGACCUACUCCCUGCCCGACAACCCCACGCAGCCGGGCUACGAGCAGUCCCUUCAGAGCCUCCCCGAGCCGCGGGAGCCCGCGUGGCGCGUCCCCUACUGCGCGGUGCCGCCAGACGCCCCCGCGGUACCAGGACAACCGAGAGAGAUCUACAUCAACCUGUGCAACAUCUUCCCCCCGGACCUCGUGCGGACGGUCAUGAAGCGGAACCCGCACGUGACAGACGCCAGCAGUCUGGCCGCUGCCAUCCUCGUGGAGAAGUCGCAGCUGGGCUACUGAGAGACGAUGCAUCUUCGUGGUGUUUAGUAGUUUUUUGUUCAGCUCAAAUGCUGAGGGAGGUUUGCUACAAUAGCACACGUGAUCUCCUUGGCGCAAGGAGGUUAUAUAGUAUCCAUUUAUGUGAACUACUGUAUCAUGGAAUCUGGACGUAGAGCCCCCCAGAGCGGAAGUGGCACGGGAUCGCUUUACAUCCAAACUUUUUUUUUAAAACCUUUCCUUUUUAAAAGCUCUCUCCUCCUCGGCUGGAAGUUGUUCCAGUUUGAUUUAUUAGAUGUCUCUGUGAUCUUUGAUAUUAAUCUUUGGUGCAUCAGGGGUUUAUAUGCAGCACUUUUUAUCCUUGUUUCGUGUUUUAUUACCUUGGUGUUUGUCUAUCAAUUGCAAGCAAUUACAAUACUUUCCGAAUGUCGGACCUUUGACUAGACCCUAGCCAACUAUUUUUUGCAAGCCAAGCUUAAUUGGAAUCUUUUACAGCUUUUUAAGUUAUUUUUAUUUGGGGAAGGUGGGCUUCUUUGUGCUAUAAUCAUUAUUUAUAGAAACAAAGAUAUACUACAGCACUGACUUUAUAUUUUAAGCAAAAUGUAAGUUACCAGUUUAUAUGGAAAUGGGUAACAGUCUAUAUUAGAAUGAUUUACAGUACGGCACUUUUCAUUGUUUUGUUUUUGUUUGGAUUUUUUUUUUUCCUCCCCGUUAGGUAAUUAGUUAAUUUAAUAUGGUUGACUUAAAGGAAAGCAGAUGCAAUCAAUGGAAAAAGUUGUUUCCAUUUUUUUUUUUUUUAAGAAGGCAAAAGCCGUAACUGUGCCAGUUUAGAGCUUUGUGACCCAGCGCUGAUGUGCUUCUAGGCAGUAGAAAAUGGAACUGAAUUCCCAGAUUCUCAUUAACCUGUAUUUUUAAUGUGUUCGUCCUUUUUGUUUCGGGGCAC